AUGGAGAUCAUAGUGAUGGCAGACCUGUUUGGCAUAGGCAUCCCGAUAGACGGGGCGGACCUGCGGCUGGGCAUGGACCCCCAGCCCAAGGGCUCCCCGAUUGAACCCCCCUGCAGAGCUGUGGCAUCAGGAGAUGCAGAGUACACCAUCCUCGCUGGGCUGGCAGACUGUGGCACCCAGCUUAAAUUAACGGAUGAUACACUGACCUACACGAACAAACUUGUCUACUCGCCAAAGCCCUCUCCAGAUGGCAUCAUUCGAUUUGAAACCACUGAAUUUGUAAUUGAGUGCCAUUAUCAAAGGCAGUACAGUGUGAACAGCGUUGCCCUGCUGCCCACCUGGGUCCCCUUCACUACUACCCAGUCUGCAGAGGACUUCCUGGACUUCUCCUUGAGACUCAUGGCUGAUGACUGGAGCUCUGUGAGGUCCUCCAGCAUUUACUACCUGGGAGAUGUGAUGCACCUAGAAGCCUCUGUCAACCAGUACCACCACAUGCCUCUCCGCCUUUUCGUGGACUCCUGUCUGGCUACCCUGGAGCCUGACGUGAACUCUAGUCCGCGAUACGCGUUCAUAGAGAACAAUGGGUGCCUCACUGAUGGCAAGUUAACAGGGUCCAGGUCACACUUCAUGUCCAGAAUCCAGGACAACAAACUCCAGUUCAUGCUGGAUGCCUUCAGGUUCCACCGGGAUGCCAGGAGCUCGCUUUACAUCACCUGUCUCCUGAAGGCCGUGCCAAGCGGAUUCAGUGCCCAGUCUGGGAAUCGGGCUUGUUGCUGGUAUGAUGGAAGGUGGAUGUCUGCAGACGGGAAUGACCAGGUGUGUGGCGGCUGUGACGCGUCCGCUGGGUCGAGCCCCCCCAGUUCCCCAAGCGCGCCGGUUCGCUAUGGCAAAGUCAUGGCGAACGCGGGUGUAUGGAAAAGGGGAACCGACCCAAAAGCAGAUAUCCCUCUGACUGAGGAAUUUGAAACUGCAGAUGAAUUGGCAUUCCCCAUGGCUGAGGAGUCGGGCACUUUUGUGGACACCCUAGAUGCACUUGAUCAGGUGAACAGCUCCGCGGUCACCGUGGCUAUCCUGGAUGAGCUGAACGAAACUUCAGAGAACACUACUGCAGUCCCUCCUACUGAUGUGGACACUUUGGAUAGCUUGGUGGAUGUUGCAUCUGCACUCAAGUGUGGAGACACCGUGUGCCGCGGGGAGGACCAGCAAUGCUGUGCUCAAGGCAACGGCAGUGCAACCGAGCGCUGCUGCAACCACCCGCUGCACACCUUUUUCGGCAACAUGGGCUGGAUAACGCGGAAACUCUCCGGGAUCUUGAUCCUUCUGCUGCUGUUCGCCAUGGGCUACUUCAUCCAGCGCAUCGUCUGCCCUAGACCCCGCCGAAGGCAACAGGAGCCUUCGCUCCUCAGCGGACAUGCCACAGCGUCGCAAGACUCCCUGCUGGAGCGAGUACCUGAACGCACCCUCGGAGAUGUCACCCCAACUGUCCCAUUGCCCGCGUACGAUGAGGUGAAAUACUUGCCAACGUACGAGGAGACCAUGCACGAGGUGCCCCGGGUUCGUGCGGCACCAGCGGCAGUAAGUUAA